UUGUGUAUGGAACACAGGAUAGCCAAGCAUGAUGAGGAACGAUCCAGCUGAGCCAGUUGACGCUUUAGACACCUGUUCCUGUGAACUGGGCAUAUUGUCUCAAUGUGAUGGUUCUGCACUGCUUUGCAAUGGUCCAGCGGCCGUGCUGGCCUCCACGUUCGGCCCUGUGGAGGUGCGACCGCAGCGCGAGCUGGUGGACCGCGCCUCCAUCGAGGUCUCGUUCCGUGCCCACCAGGGCGUCGAAGGUGUGGAGGACCGGCGCGUGGAGCAGCUGGUACGCGCCACCCUGGAGGAGUGCGUAUUCACGGCGCUCCACCCGCGCACCGCCGUCAGCGUGGCGCUCAACGUCCUCGAGCCCGACAACACGCUGCUGCUCUCCACCUGCGUGAACGCCGCCUGUCUGGCGCUGCUGGACGCGGCGCUGCCCAUGAAGUUCAUGCCGGCGGCUGUCACGUGCGUGCCUGUCGACGAUGACGUGCUGGUCAACCCGACACCCGCCCAGCGCCAGGGCGCCGAGGCAGCCGGCAGCGUCACCGCCGUCUUCAACGGCGCGUCCGGCGAGCUGGUAUCGACGCACGCCAGCGGCCGACUGUCGUACUACGAGCUCGUCUUCUACUACAUGGCGCUAUCGUAA